AUGUCGACCGAAGCCACGGCCCGCGCGUUUUUCUCUUCGCAGUUCUUCGCUGUCGUGGGCGCCAGUUCGAAUCCCGCAAAGUUCGGGCAUAAGAUCUUCGCCUGGUACCUCCGCCACAACAUCCCCGCGACCCCCAUCAACCCGACCUCCGACACCGUCAACGCCCUCGGCAAGGACCACCCGGCCCUCCCCAGCCUCUCCGCCCUGCCCGACCCCAAGGCCACCUCCGUCUCCAUCAUCACCCCGCCCGCCGCCACCCUCAAGGUCCUCCGCGAGGCCAGGGACCUCGGCGUCCCCGCCGUCUGGCUGCAGCCCGGCACCUUCGACGACGCCGUGCUCGAGUACGCCCGCGGCGAGGGCGGCUUCGAGGCCGUCGUCGCCGGCUUCGGCGGCGGCACCGUCGGCGGCGAGGGCUGGUGCGUCCUCGUGGACGGCGACAAGGCGCUGGGGGCUGCGGGGAAGCUGUGA